AUGUUUGAGAAGAUUGCAAAAUACAUCGGGGAGAAUCUACAGCUUCUGGUGGGCAGGCCCGAUGGCACCUACUGUUUCCGGCUGCACAACGACAGAGUGUACUAUGUAAGUGAGAUGAUCCUGAAGCUGGCCGCCAACAUCUCCGGGGAUAAACUAGUGUCACUGGGGACGUGUUUUAGGAAGUUUACCAAGACCCACAAGUUCCGGUUGCACGUUACCCAUCUCGAGUACCUUGCACCCUAUGCUAAGUACAAAGUGUACAUUCCUUUGGGUUUUGGGGUGGCAGCAAAGUCUACUCAAGACUGCAGAAAAGUGGACCCCAUGGCAAUUGUUGUGUUUCAUUGA